AUGGUGGUCCAUAUUCGGGACAUGGAUGGCUUGAUGGAGGACGAGGAUGAUGGUUUCACUGGUGGUUGGUCGAUCGUAUGCAAUAGCAGCAGUGACAACCUCAAGUUGGCGGCUAGUGGUGGAAGUAUCAUAGCCACAGACAUCCACAACCUUUCCAGAGCGCAAUACGAUCAUCGCUUGGGACCCGACACAAGUGGUAUCAGCGUGGGAGUCCAGUUCGAGCGUGGUCUCUUCCGCAAGUGGGCUGGUCUGGGUAAUUGCAAUAGUCCGGAUGGCGCUGAUGGUGCGAAGCUGGACCAAUCGGGGCUGGCUUCAGCAAUUAUCACCUGGUUGGCCACGGUUUAG